AUGGCGCCGCCGUUUAUCCGGCUCGUCCGCCCGCGCUUUCAAAUGCACACAGGACACAUCACCGUGGGGGGGAGUAUUUGCAUGCAGCUCCUGACCCCCUCCGGUUGGCUGCCCACCGUUUCCCUGGAGAAUGUCUUCGUGGCGAUUCGGAGCGAGAUGGUGGAGGGCGGUGGGCGCCUGGACUUCAGCUGCACGCGGGACUACAGCGUCGAGGAGGCCAGGGAGGCCUUCCAGCGCGUGGCGCAGCGCUACGGCUGGCUCAGGACGUGA